CUCUCAUCUCUAUAACAUAACCUUAUUUUUAAAUAUCCUAUUUUACUUUAAAUUUGAAAAUGUUUUCGUCGUCAUUAUUAAUAAGAAGCGCAUUAAAAACUAAAACUAUAUCCCGCAAUUUUCACGUAUCAAAUCAACGGUAUGAAAUUCAAAAACUAACUAGGCUACGAGUCGUUGACAACAGUGAAAUUGGGAAGCAAGCUAUGGCAGAAGGAAGACCUCCUAGAUGUAUUCAUGUUUAUAAUAAAACUGGCGUUGGAAAAAUAGGUGAUAAAGUAUUAGUAGCAAUCAGAGGCGAGAAGAAAAAAGGUAUUCUAGUGGGAUUAAAGCAGAAUCAAAAAACAAAAGUGCCAAAAUUCGACAGUAAUAAUCUAGUUCUAAUAGAUGAUAAUGGUACCCCAUUAGGAACUAGGAUACAUGUACCCAUACCAACAAUCCUUAGAACAAUCUUGAAGGAAAAAACUUUUUCCAAAGGAGCCGAUUAUACAAAAUUACUGGGUAUUGCGUCAAAGUUUGUGUAGAAUAUAGAAAUAGUUGUUAUUGUAAAUAAAAUAUUUAUAUAGACACAAAAUGGUGUUACUUUGAAAACAUGGGUUAUGGCACCUAAAAAAAUUAUACAGAGGCCCAGUUGGAUGAAGCACUUGCUACUAUAGCAAGAGGGAUGCCAGUAACUACAGCUGCUAAAACUUACUUUGUUCCACGAACAACGUUACUUUAUAAAUCAACAUACCACAUAAAAUUGGAUUCUGAGAAAAAGAGAAAACAAGAAGAACAACAAAAACGGGCAGAAGAGAGAAAGCGAAAAAGGGAAGAAAAAAUUAAAAAAAUACAAAACAAGGCUAAGUCAGUAAAGAAGGAAAGUUCUGACAAUUCAUCCGAAAACGAAGAAUGGAUAGAAAAUGGAG